AUGCCACUAUUCCCCGAAGGAACGGGGCUGCAACCGGAGAUGAAUGUCCCAACUGAUUCAGCUGCGCCGACAACAACUGCGCCUCUCUCACGCGAGACGCAGGUGAAGAAUCGGCGCAAACGAUAUUUAGACGCGCAUCCCGAGUAUUUCUCAGCUGAUCUCGAGCUUGCUGACCCGUUGCUGUACGAUCGCCUAAUCCGCCGUUUCCAGACUCCGGCCGAAAGAGAAGCCGAAGGACGCGCCAAAGGGUUCUCCGGCGUGCUCCAAGCGGAUCUGUGUCGCUCGGAGGCCAAGUUCGAUGCCCUUUCACAUCCAGACCCUCAGGCCUUGUUCAGCUAUACGCGCGGACCCAACGGAGAGAUUCUUGCGGAAGAGCGGGACGAGAUUCCGCCGAGUAAAGAAGAGGGGGAGAAACUGUGGCGAUGGGAAAUGACAUUGCGCUUUAUUCGCGGAGAAGAUGAAGACUUUGACUAUCCGAAUGUCGACGACAAUGACGAGUAUGACGAUUGGAAUGAGGAGCAGGAGCGAUACUUCGAGGACGAGGAACCGGAUUGGAUGGUGGACCAGGCCAAUGGAGAUGUCAGGUCCCAGCUGCAAGGAGAAACGGGCAUCCAGGAUUUCUAA